AUGGCAGCUACAAAUGGAACGGGGGCUACUGCUCCUCAGGCUGUCAACCAAACCACCGAGGAUGUUUCAGUCUCGCAGCGCAUGGUGUCUGCGACCCUUGGAAGCAUCCUGACGUCUGUACUAGUAACUCCUCUUGAUGUCGUCCGCGUUCGCCUACAAUCCCAAUCCCCUAUGAACAAAACCAACAAGACUUCACCCUACACCUCCCAUUCAAUACAGAAUUUGAAGAAUGCGCCUCCCAACCUCGGAGUCACAGCAUGCUGUCGAGAAGUGUUUUGGAUCGGCCAGAAUGCCGAGAUAUGCAUAGCCGGGCCGGGUACGGGAACCCUGGGAAAUGCAGCCCCGGCUGAGAUAGACUGUGCAGUUGAAGAAACACGGAGGAGGACAUUUACAUCGACACUAGACGGAUUACGGAAAAUUGCUCGAAAUGAAGGCACAUUGACGCUCUGGCGCGGCCUCAGCCCGACCCUGAUGAUGGGGAUCCCGGCAAAUAUUAUCUACUUUGCCGGGUACGACUGGUUACGAUCGGACGAUCGCAGUCCCAUAAAACGAUCAUUCCCCGACACAUAUGCCCCGUUCGUCGCAGGAACUACCGCAAGAAUCGCUGCUGCGUCGGCCAUCAGUCCCAUUGAGAUGUUCCGGACGCGACUGCAGGCCACCUCCGGCUCCGGCGCCGGAGCGGGUCAUUUCAAGGAAACCCUAGAGGAUCUGUACCAUAUGACCCAGGUUAGAGGGUAUAGCUCACUCUGGCGAGGAUUAACUCUUACAAUGUGGCGCGACGUGCCAUUUUCUGGUUUAUAUUGGUGGGGGUAUGAAGAAGUGAAGACUCUCCUCAUGGACGCCCGCAAGAGGGCUCAAGGGCAACAUAUCUUGCCUGUUGUACAACAACAGCCACUGGAGCCAGACGCACCCACAUUCAUUGAAAGUUUUAUCGCAGGCGCGACAUCCGGCUCUCUCGCCGCAUUCGUCACGACCCCAUUCGAUGUGGGGAAGACCCGACAGCAAGUAUUCCGGCACAUGGGGGACGCAUCACCACCUUCAGCAGUAUCUGGAGGUAGCGCAGUAGCAAACCUUCGACCCGAACAGCUCUCGUUACCAAAGUUCCUGAUGCACAUCUUCCGCGAAGAGGGUACGGCAGGACUUUUCCGGGGCUGGGUUGCGCGGUGUCUGAAGGUGGCUCCGGCAUGUGCUAUUAUGAUCUCGACAUAUGAGCUUGGGAAGAAGAUGGCUCGAGGUGUGAAUGAGCGGCAUCAUGCUAGCUUACCAGAGUCAGAUUCUGACUCUGUAUAA